AUGAGGGGGUUGAUACUGGCCGCGUUCGUUCUCUCUUCCCUACCGGCAGGUGAGUUUUUGUUGAUGAAAAAUAGCAAUUCAUAUUUGAAUUGUUAAAUGUUGUCAAUUCGUCCUGUUCUUGCAUUACAGCUUCUAUAUGGUGUUGAUUUCAUUUCCUACAUUUUCCUUAUUUAGUCGAGUCAAAAGUUGAUGCUAUUGUAAUGAAUCCAUCCACAACCAAAACAGUUCCAGUGACUAGCCAGUUAGGCACGAGCCGGGGUAUCGGUCACAUGAUGGACAGAUACCUGAUGAGGUUUCACCAAUGACACGCACUGUAGUCCUAUCAAGUUACAGAUCCUCAUCCCUAUCUAGAUUUAGCCCUACUCAUCAUGAAAAUGCAAUUCACCUUUUAGAGCAAAACACCUGUUGGUUUGGCUCUAGCUGGGGGGACUCGGGAGACAUGGAAUGGGUGUUAGUUAUGCUGACAUUUCACUUCAAUGGUUGUAAUUAUUAUUAUAAUUAUAAUUAUGGAGGGCAUACAAGGACAUUGACAUAGAGCUAGACAGUUACAAGAGUAGCCUGACUAGCCUAAAUGGCAACCUGGUCUCAGAACAUUUCCUAUUAUUCUGUAUGUAAACCAAGACACUCCAUUUAGUGUGAUAUAUUAUGUUUGGUAUAGUUACAUAAGACUGAGUGUUACUUAAGGCAAAAACGAAAGUAGGGUGGUUGGUUGGGGUAGAUGAGUUGGCGUAUAACGCAAAGGUCUAACUCUAGCAACCCAAAGGUUACUAUUCAUCACUACCAAUUAGCGUUUUAGCUAAUUAGGAACUUUUCAACGACUUGCUACUUUGCAUCUACUUAGCAUGUUAGCUAACCCUAACCUUAACCCUACACCUAACAUUAACCAUUUUAGCUAACCCUUCCCCUAACACUACCCUUAACCCGUUAAGCUAACUCCUAAACUUAACCCUAACCCCUAGCCUAACAUACUAAAUGGAGCGUCUCGGAUUUACAUACAGAAUAAUACAAAAUGCUUUGAGACCAGGUUGUAAAUGGUGAUCUAUUGCCUAUAUGUCCCUCAACUCAACUAUGGACCUCAAAGCCAGUUCCACUGCAUUUUUCAUUGUUCCCUUCUAAUCAGGGAGUGAUGUAGACCUGGAACAUCAGGUGGGUGCAAUUCAUUAUCAGGUAGAACAGAAAAACAGGGCAGGGCUCUCCAAAACUGUCCCUGGAGAGAUACUGUCCUGUAGGUUAUCGCUCCAACCCUAAUCUAGCACACCUGAUUCUAAUAGUUAGCUGGUUGAUAAGAUGAACCAGGUUAGUUACAACUGGGGUUGGAGCGAAAACAUACAGGAGGGUAGCUCUCCAGGAACAGGGUUGGAGACUCUUUUGGUAGGGUAAGAGUUGAAUACUCCUGACCAAUACUGUAGAGCAGGGCUGCCCAACCCUCUUCCUGGAGAUCUACUGUCCUGUAGGUUUUCAGUCCAACCCUCUUCCUGGAGAUCUACCGUCCUGUAGGUUUUCAGUCCAACCCUAAUUUAGCAUAUCUGAUUCAGCUAGUUAAGGUCUUGUUGACUGGGGGCGGCAGGUAGCUUAGUGGUUAAGAGCGUUGUGCCAGUAACCGAAAGGUCGCUGGUUCUAAUCCCCGAGCCGACUAGGUGAAAAAUCUGUCGAUGUGCCCUUGAGCAAGGCACUUAACCCUAACUGCUCCUGUAAGUUGCUCUGGAUAAGAGCGUCUGCUAAAUGACUAAAAUGUAAAUGUUGAGCAGCUAAUAAGUAGAAUCAGGGGUGUUAAAUUAGGGUUGGACUGAAAACCCACAGGACGGUAGAUGUACAGGAAGAGGGUUGGGCAGCCCUGCUGUAGAGGUAUUUUUACAUUCAAAAUGGAAGUUGGGUCUAUUUGAAUUGCUGUGUGACCAGUAGCAUCAAACUGUUUCCUGUGGCUGGCAGUCUCUUUCUUUCAGUCACUAGUUUUUCUGGUUGAACCACUUUCAGCAGGGCUCUGUCACACACAUGUACACAUACUCUCUAUAGAGCUCUGUCACACACAUGUACACAUACUCUCUAUAGAGCUCUGUCACACACAUGUACACAUACUCUCUAUAGAGCUCUGUCACACACAUGUACACAUACUCUCUAUAGAGCUCUGUCACACACAUGUACACAUACACUAUCUCAAAUUCAAUAUGCUUUAACCCAAUGAGUCCCACUGUAACGCCAGCACAUUUUGGACUUAUAACCCAUUUAGUCACAGCUAGAGCAGUGUUUGUGAGACAAAGGCAGCCCGAAUGGUUUGAGCUACAAACUAUUAAAGCUAUCUAUGAAAAGCUGAGACUCUCAGGAACACGCACGUGACAUGUUUUGCUUUCUGACGCUCAGAAGCUACAGAAGAGUCUUUAGAAGGUAAGUGGUUCUUCUACAUAGAUCAUAGGAAAUCCCAGGACAUAGUGUCUGUAAUAAGCUCAUAUAGUUGCUGUCACAAACUCCAAACACUUGUCACUGACUAGUUGAAUAUUCAUAUCCCAGUGAGCAAACCAUUUUUGUAUUUACAGCAUUCAUAUGAAUUCAUUUCAUCAGGUUUUUGCUUUGGCUGACCUUAUUUUCUAUUGAUAUUUGUCAAUAAAACUCAUAAAUGCAACUGUUUAGGUCAAAUAGUUUUGUGUUCUAUGUGUAGCCCUGGUUGUCCUGAAAAUAAAAUGCUGAAACACUUCAUUGUGAGACUAAACAUAAAGGCUGGACAUGCAGAUACAGUUGAAGUCGGAAGUGUACAAACACUUAGGUUGGAGUCAUUAAAACUUGGUUUUCAACCACUCCACAAAUUUCUUGUUAACAAACUAUAGAUUUGGCAAGUCUGUUAGGACAUCUACUUUGUGCAUGACACAAGUAAUUCUUCCAACAAUUGUUUACAGACAGAUUAUUUCACAAAUAAUUCACUGUAUCACAAUUCCAGUGGGUCAGAAGUUUACAUACACAAAGUUGACUGUGCCUUUUAAACAGCUAGAAAAUUCCAGAAAAUGAUGUCAUGGCUUUAGAAGCUUUUGAUAGGCUAAUUGACAUCAUUUGAGUCAAUUGGAGGUGUACCUGUGAAUGUAUUUCAAGGCCUACCUUCAAACUCAGUGCCUCUUUUGCUUGACAUCAUGAGAAAAUCAAAAGAAAUCAGCCAAGACCUCAGAAAAAGUAAAUGGUAGACCUCCACAAGUCUGGUUCAUCCUUGGGAGCAAUUUCCAAACGCCUGAAGGUACCACGUUCAUCUGUACAAACAAUAGUACGCAAGUAUAAACACCAUGGGACCACGCAGCCGUCAUACCGCUCAUCUCCUAGAGAUGAACGUACUUUGGUGCGAAUCAAUCCCAGAACAUCAUGAGGAAGGAAAAUGAUGUGGAUAUAUAUUGAAGCAACAUCUCAAGACAUCAGUCAGAAAGUUAAAGUUUGGUCACAAAUGGGUCUUCCAAAUGGACAAUGACCCCAAGCAUACUUCCAAAGUUGUGGCAAAAUGGCUUAAGGACAACAAAGUCAAGGUAUUGGAGUGGCCAUCACAAAGCCCUGACCUCAAUCCUAUAGAAAAUGUGUGGGCAGAACUGAAAAAGCGUGUGCGAGCAAGGAGGCCUACAAACCUGACUCAGUUACACCAGCUCUGUCAGGAGGAAUGGGCCAAAAUUCACCCAACUUAUUGUGGGAAGCUUGUGGAAGGCUAACCGAAACGUUUGACCCAAGUUAAACAAUUUAAAGGCAAUGCUACCAAAUACUAAUUGAGUGUGUGUAAACUUCUGACCCACUGGGAAUGUAAUGAAAAAAAAAAAAAAGCUGAAAUAAAUAAUUCUCUCUACUAUUAUUCUGACAUUUCAGAUUCUUAAAAUAAAGUGGUGAUCCUAACUGACCUAAGAAACUGAGUUUAAAUGUAUUUGGCUAAAGUGUAUGUAAACUUCCGACUUCAACUGUAAAUGAAAGUCAGAUAAAUGAAAAGCCGAUUUUUGCUGUGGUCUCGGGACUGAUAGGGUUAAUGGCAUGAAAGACCAGGUCAAUGUUGCCAAAGUGAGGUUAUACACAACAAUUAUGAAAACAACCAUGACAACAAUAAGAACAGUAGCUAUGAUACAGAUAAUAAUACUCUCUCUCAUACACACACACACUAGGCCUGGGAAUUACUAGAGACCUCACGAUACGAUAUGUAUUGUGAUUUGAUACUGUGAUUUGAUGUUCCAACAUAUUGCUCACUAUAUGUCUCCUGCAGAGAGACAAGUGAGAAUGAGUUUUGAUCAGUCAUAGAAAUAACAGUGCCGAAAACAAGUUGGCUCACUAUUUAAAAAUAAAAUGGAGAACAAGCUAUAGGAUGAAAAAUACUGGAGUUUUGGCGCAGGUACAGCCAACUAGCACUAGCUAGCACUACCUAGCACAAAACUAUUCACAAUCAAUAGGCCUACUUGGAGUCAGUAUCGAUUAUAAAGUGUCCAAUACUCUAUCAAUGUUUUAUUUUUUAUCAGUACACACACACACAUUCCCACUUUAACACACACACACACACUGACAUGUAUUCUCUCCCACCAGAGGUGCAGAGUGUCCAGGUGACUGUUCCCCAGACAGAGAGGAGUACAGCUCUGUUUGCCUCGAUCAUCCUGAAGUGUGACUACUCAACCUCCGCUAACCAGCAGAAUGUCCUGGUCACCUGGCAAUACAAGUCCUUCUGCAAGGACCCCGUCCUGGAGUACUACUCCCAAGGUUAGUUCUGGACCCUGUCCUGGAGUACUACUCCCCAGGUUAGUUCUGGACCCUGUCCUGGAGUACUACUCCCCAGGUUAGUUCUGGACCCUGUCCUGGAGUACUACUCCCAAGGUUAGUUAUGGAUCCUGUCCUGGAGUACUACUCCCAAGGUUAGUUAUGGAUCCUGUCCUGGAGUAUUACUCCCCAGGUUAGUUAUGGACCCUGUCCUGGAGUACUCCUCCCAAGGUUAGUUAUGGAUCCUGUCCUGGAGUAUUUCUCCCAAGGUUACAUUUACAUUUACGUCAUUUAGCAGACGCUCUUAUCCAGAGCGACUUACAAAUUGGUGCAUUCACCCUAUAGCCAGUGGGAUAACCACUUUACAAUAUUUGUUUAUUUUAUUUUUUAUUUAGGGGGGGGGGGGGGGGGUAGAAGGAUUACUUUAUCCUAUCCCAGGUAUUCCUUAAAGAGGUGCGGUUUCAAAUGUCUCCGGAAGGUGGUGAGUGACUCCGCUGUCCUGGCGUCGUGAGGGAGCUUGUUCCACCAUUGGGGUGCCAGAGCAGCGAACAGUUUUGACUGGGCUGAGCGGGAACUAUGCUUCCGCAGAGGAAGGGGAGCCAGCAGGCCAGAGGUGGAUGAACGCAAUGCCCUCGUUUGGGUGUAGGGACUGAUCAGAGCCUGAAGGUACGGAGGUGCCGUUCCCCUCACAGCUCCAUAGGCAAGCACCAUGGUCUUGUAACAGAUGCGAGCUUCAACUGGAAGCCAGUGGAGUGUGCAGAGGAGCGGGGUGACGUGAGAGAACUUGGGAAGGUUGAACACCAGACGGGCUGCGGCAUUCUGGAUGAGUUGUAGGGGUUUAAUGGCACAGGCAGGGAGCCCAGCCAACAGUGAGUUGCAGUAAUCCAGACGGGAGAUGACAAGUGCCUGGAUUAGGACCUGUGCCGCUUCCUGUGUAAGGCAGGGUCGUACUCUCCGAAUGUUGUAGAGCAUGAACCUGCAGGAUCGGGUCACCAACCUUGAUGUUAGCGGAGAACGACAGGGUGUUGUCCUGGGUCACGCCAAGGCUCUUCGCACUCUGGGAGGAGGACACAACGGAGUUGUCAACCGUGAUGGCGAGAUCAUGGAACGGGCAGUCCUUCCCCGGGAGGAAGAGCAGCUCCGUCUUGCCAAGGUUCAGCUUGAGGUGGUGAUCCGUCAUCCAUACUGAUAUGUCUGCCAGACAUGCAGAGAUGCAAUUCGCCACCUGGUUAUCAGAAGGGGGAAAGGAGAAGAUUAGUUGUGUAUCGUCGGCGUAGCAAUGAUAGGAGAAGCCAUGUGAGGAUAUGACAGAGCCAAGUGACUUGGUGUAUAGCGAGAAUAGGAGAGGGCCUAGAACUGAGCCCUGGGGGACACCAGUGGUGAGAGCACGUGGUGCGGAGACAGCUUCUCGCCACGCCACUUGGUAGGAGCGACCGGUCAGGUAGGACGCAAUCCAAGAGUGAGCCGCGCCGGAGAUGCCCAGCUCGGAGAGGGUGGAGAGGAGGAUCUGAUGGUUCACAGUAUCAAAGGCAGCAGACAGGUCUAGAAGGACAAGAGCAGAGGAGAGAGAGUUAGCUUUUGCAGUGCGGAGAGCCUCCGUGACACAGAAGAGCAGUCUCAGUUGAAUGACCAGUCCUGAAACCUGACUGGUUUGGAUCAAGAAGGUCAUUCUGAGAGAGAUAGCAAGAGAGUUGGCUAAAGACGGCACGCUCAAUAGUUUUGGAAAGAAAAGAAAGAAGGGAUACUGGUCUGUAGUUGUUGACAUCAGAGGGAUCGAGUGUUGGUUUUUUGAGAAGGGGUGCAACUCUCGCUCUCUUGAAGACGUAAGGGACAUAGCCAGCGGUCAAGGAUGAGUUGAUCAGCGAGGUGAGGUAGGGGAGAAGGUCACCGGAGAUGGUCUGGGGAAGAGAGGAGGGGAUGGGGUCAAGCGGGCAGGUUGUUGGGCGGCCUGCAGUCACAAGUCGCAAGAUUUUAUCUGGAGAGAGAGGGGAGAAAGAAGUCAAAGCAUAGGGUAGGGCAGUGUGAGCAGGACCAGCAGUGUCAUUAGACUUAACAAACGAGGAUCGGAUGUCGUCAACCUUCUUUUCAAAGUGGUUGACAAAGUCAUCCACAGAGAGGGAGGGAGGGGGGGGGGGGGGGGGGGGGAUUCAGCAGGGAGGAGAAUGUGGCAAAGAGCUUCCUAGGGUUAGAGGCAGAUGCUUGGAAUUUAGAGUGGUAGAAAGUGGCCUUAGCAGCAGAAACAGAUGAAGAAAAUGUAGAGAGGAGGGAGUGAAAAGAUGCCAGGUCCGCAGGGAGUCUAGUUUUCUUCCAUUUCCGCUCAGCUGCCCGGAGCUCUGUUCUGUGAGCUCGCAAUGAGUCAUCAAGCCACAGAGCUGGAGGGGAGGACCGAGCCGGCCGGGAGGAUAGGGGACACAGAGAGUCAAAGGAUGCAGAAAGGGAGGAGAGGAGGGUUGAGGAGGCAGAAUCAGGAGAUUGGAGGGAGAAGGAUUGAGCAGAGGGAAGAGAUGAUAGGAUGGAAGAGGAGAGAGUAGUGGGAGAGAGAGAGCGAAGGUUGUGGCGGCGCAUUACCAUCUGUGUAGGGGCAGAGUGAGUAGUGUUGGAGGAGAGCGAGAGAGAAAAGGAUACAAAGUAGUGGUCGGAGACAUGGAGGGGAGUUGCAGUGAGAUUAGUAGAAGAGCAGGAUCUAGUAAAGAUGAGGUCAAGCGUAUUGCCUGCCUUGUGAGUAGGGGGGGACGGUGAGAGGGUGAGGUCAGGUGGGUGAGGUCAAAAGUGGAGAGGAGUGGAAAGAAGGAGGCAAAGAGAAAUGAGUCAAAUGUAGACGUAGGGAGGUUGAAAUCCCCCAAAACUGUGAGUGGGUGAGCCAUCCUCAGGAAAGGAACUUAUCAAGGCGUCAAGCUCAUUGAUGAACUCUCCAAGGGAACCUGGAGGGCGAUAGAUGACAAGGAUAUUAAGCUUAAAUGGGCUAGUGACUGUGACAGCAUGGAAUUCAAAUGAGGAGAUAGACAGAUGGGUUAGGGGAAAAAUUGAGAAUGUCCACUUGGGAGAGAUGAGGAUUCCUGUGCCACCACCCCUCUGACCAGAUGCUCUCGGGGUAUGCGAGAACACAUGGUCAGACGAGGAGAGAGCAGUAGGAGUAGCAGUGUUUUCAGUGGUAAUCCAUGUUUCCGUCAGCGCCAGGAAGUCGAGGGACUGGAGGGUAGCAUAGGCUGGGAUGAAGUCAGCCUUGUUGGCAGCAGAACGGCAGUUCCAGAGGCUGCCUGAGACCUGGAACUCCAGGUGUGUGGUGCGUGCAGGGACCACCAGGUUAGAGAGGCAGGUUAGUUAUGGAUCCUGUCCUGGAGUAUUACUCCCCAGGUUAGUUAUGGACCCUGUCCUGGAGUAUUUCUCCCAAGGUUAGUUAUGGAAGUGAAGGGAACUGGCCUGGAGCUGGGUUUGGAGGUUAACCUGUAGCCCAACAAGUUAACUUGUUGGGCUACAGGUUAACUUGUUGGGCUACAGAAUUUGCCUAUACACACUGUCAAACUAAGGUUGUUAGUGGUUGGGUAGAUGAGUUUGCUGUAGUGUUUUUGUCAGGUUUGUAGUGAGGCCCAAACUUCCUGUCUCACUCUACUAAAGAGCAGGACACAAAUUACUGGUGAUGUACAGUAACACUCAGUCACACACAGACACACACUUCUGUAUGAAAUGUAUCUCCCUCUUCUAUAGCGUACCAGAAUGCUCUGCAGCUGGGUCAGGACCCGGCCAAUGACUGCCCAGACCGCCAGCGCACCGUGAGAACCGUCGUCCAGAAGAGCGGCACCAACGUGGCCAUACUGGGCCCAGAGUACCGGGAACGCAAGAUCUCCGUCCAGAACCGUGAGUCUAGACAGCCUUGGGUUGCAAAAUUCCAGUAACUUUCCCUAAAUUCCCCAGUUUGAUAGAAAUCCUGGUUGGAGGAUUCCAGAUUCCCCGCUUAAUCCCUUCUGAUUCCAGAAAUCCUUCAACCCGGGGAUUUCUGGAAAACCUGGGAAUUUUAGGAACGUUACUGGAAUUUUGCAACCUUAAUCCAGCCGCAACAUCACAUGCCUCCCCCCAGCCGUUGCACAACAUUAACUAAUCAAGAUAGUGGUGGAAUAGAACAAAAAUGUGACAUGACUGGCGGUUCCCAGAGGAAUGGAUUGAGAAACAGCGUCCAAAAACAGCGUAUCAAUGUUGUCUUCUCCACAGAGGCUGACCUGGUGAUCAAUGAGAUCAUGUGGUGGGACAACGGGGUUUACUACUGUUCAGUCACCGCUGCAGGAGACACCAGCGGCGGCUUGGAUGGCGUGAUCAAACUCACCGUCUACAGUAAGUUGACCACAACCACAGCUAUGACCACAACCUGGGCCGUAUUCAUAAAGCAUCUCAGAGUGGGAGUGCUGUACUGGGAUCAGGACCCUCCUGUCCAUAUAAUUGGAUUCAUUAAGGCCAGCCAUAUCUUAUAUCAGCACUACUCCUACUGUGAAACGCUUUGUAAAUACGGUCCCCUGGUGGGAAUGGACUCUGAAUUAAGAGACGUGGGUAUAAGUGCAUGUCUUUUUCCUGACUUGUUAAGUAUCAUUUGAUGUAGUGAUGUGUUGUGGCUGUGUCCAGACUGUUCAGUAUCAUUUGAUGUAUUGAUGUCCUGUGUUGUGGCUGUGUCCAGACUGGCUGACGGUGCUGUUCAUGGUGAUUGGAGCUCUUCUCCUCAUCUUACUGUUCUGUAUCUGCUGCUGCCAGUGUUGUCCUCAGAGGUGCUGCUGCUACGUCCGUUGCCCCUGCUGCCCACAGACCUGCUGCUGUCCUGAGAAAGGUAGGGCAGUGCCUCGGUCUCUCUUCACGCUCUCUCUUCACAGUGUCUUCACACUCUCUCUCACUUCACUCUUCUCUUUGUCCUCUCUCUCUCUCUCUCUUCACUCUUCUCUUUGUCCUCUCUCUCUCUCUCUUCACUCUUCUCUUUGUCCUCUCUCUCUCUGACACCAUCUCACCUCUCAUCUCUUCCUCGUCUCUCCCAUCAGCAGCCAUGAUGAGGUCCCAUGCCAUGGGGAUGGAGUCGCCAUCUACGCCCAUGAGCCACGGCUCCUCACAGAUGAACCCCUCUUUACAGUUAGUAACACCACAACUCCACACCCAACAGGAUGCCCAACCCACACUCCACAGGGAGUUCAGUCCUUACUCUCGCCCACAGACACCACGACCCCUCACAGAUGAGUCCUCUCUGUACACAACCCACACACACUCACACACAGGGAGUCUCUCUCCACACACUCCAGGGAGUCUCUCUCUCUCACACAACACCCACACACACACACCACACACACACACACACACACAGGGAGUCUCUCUCACACACACACACACACUCACACACAGGAUCCUCUCUCUCACACACACACACACAGGAUCUCUCUCUCUCACACACACACACAGGGAGUCUCUCUCUCUCACACACACACACACACACACACAGGGAGUCUCUCUCACACACACACACACUCACAACAGGGAGUCUCUCUCUCACACACACACACACACUCACACACAGGAGUCUCUCUCUCACACACACACACCUCACCACAGGGAGUCUCUCUCCUCACACACACACACACACUCACACACAGGGAGUCUCCUCUCCUCACACCACACAAAACAGGGAGUCUCUCUCUCUCACACACACACACACUCACACACAGGGAGUCUCUCCUCUCACACACACACACACACUCCACCAGGAGUCUCUCUCUCACACACACACCACACACAGGGAGUCUCUCUCUCUCACACACACACACACCACAGGAGUCCUCCUCUCUCUCACACACACACACACUCACACACAGGGAGUCUCUCUCUCACACCACACACACACACACUCACACACAGGAGUCUCUCUCUCACACACACACACACACACACACACAGGGAGUCUCUCUCUCACACACCACACCACUCGGAGUCUCUCUCACACACCACUCACACACAGGAGUCUCUCUCACACCACACACACAACGGGAGUCUCUCUCUCUCAACACACCACACCACUCACACACAGGGUCUCUCCUCACAACACACCACACACACACUCACACACAGGGAUCUCUCUCUCACCACACACACACACACACACACACAGGGAGUCUCUCUCUCACACACACACACACACUCGGAGUCUCUCUCACACACACACACACACACAGGGAGUCUCUCUCUCACUCACACACAGGGAGUCUCUCCACACACACACACACACACACACUCACACACAGGGAGUCUCUCACACCACACCACACACUCACACACAGGGAGUCCUCUCUCCACACACACCACCACACACACAGGGAGUCUCUCUCUCACACACCACACACACACAGGGAGUCUCUCUCACACACACACACACACACCUCACACACAGGAGUCUCUCCCACCACACACACACACUCACACACACACAGGGAGUCUCUCUCUCUCACACACACACACACACACCACACACAGGGAGUCUCUCUCACACACACCACACACACACACACUCACACACAGGGAGUCUCUCUCACACACACACACACCUCACACACACACAGGGAGUCUCUCUCUCUCCACACACACACCACUCACACACAGGAUCUUCACACACACACACCACACACACACUCACACACAGGGAGUCUCUCACACACACACACACACACUCACACACAGGGAGUCUCUCUCACAACACACACACCACACACACAGGGAGUCUCUCACACACACACACACCACCAGGGAGUCUCUCCCACACACACCCACACACACAGGAGUCCUCUCACACACACACCACACCACACACACACACACACACACACGGGAGUCUCUCUCACACACACACACACACUCACACACACACAGGGAGUCUCUCUCUCUCACACACACACUCACACAUACACUCGGAGUCUCUCUCACACACACACUCACACACAGGGAGUCUCUCACACACACACACACACACACACCACACACAGGGAGUCUCUCACACACACACACACUCACACACAGGGAGUCUCUCUCCACACCACACCACAACCACACCACACACACAGGGAGUCUCUCUCACACACACACACACACACAGGGAGUCUCUCUCUCUCACACACACACACACACACAGGGAGUUCUCUCUCUCACACACACACACACACACACACACAGGGAGUCUCUCUCUCACACACACACACACACACACUCACACACAGGGAGUCUCUCUCACACACACACACACACUCCCACACACACAGGGAGUCUCUAUCUCUCACAAACACACACACACACACAGGGAGUCUCUCUCUCUCACACACACACACACAUACUCGGAGUCUCUCUCACACACACACACACACACACACACAGGGAGUCUCUCUCUCACACACACACACACACACUCACACACAGGGAGUCUCUCUCUCACACACACACACACACACACACACAGGGAGUCUCUCUCACACACACACACACUCACACACAGGGAGUCUCUCUCACACACACACACACACUCACACACACACAGGGAGUCUCUCUCUCUCACACACACACACACACACUCACACACACACUCAGAGUCUCUCUCACACACACACUCACACACAGGGAGUCUCUCACUCACACACAGGGAGUCUCUCUCACACACACACACACACACUCACACACAGGGAGUCUCUCACACACAGCAGAGCUAUGCUUCUGAUCUUCUAAAUGUCUUGAACAAAUCCAUAUUUGUCACUAAUCAUGGUUUGUUCUAUCCCAUCAGGCUCCCAAUCAGGGAAGAGCAUCGCCAUGGCCCCCAUGCCCCUCCCCCUUCCCACGUCUGGCUACAGCAUGCCCCCCAGUGUCCAUGCUGCCAGCGUCUAUGGCAACCAACACCCUGGAAACAACCAGAUGCUAGAAUACCUGGAGAACCAGGUGAGGGGCAUGGAUGGGACCAGCCCCAUGAUGCAGCCCCAGCCCCACCACCAGCAGCUCCAGAUGAUGCCCCCUCCCCCCCAGCACAUGAUGCCCCAGCACGUCCCCUACUCAGCGGGUCCUCCCAGCAUGCUCUCUGGCCUGGACGACGGGCCCAUGGAGCACCGGGGGGUCAUCCAGAUGCCUCCCAUCAUAAAGCAGCCUGGACGAGGGGGUCAGAGAGGGGGCCAGCCGCCACUUGCUCCUAAAACACGCCCUCCCAGCUCCAGCGAGAGCAGCCGCAGCGAGAGUCGCUUCACUAAUCACCGUGACGACCGCAGCGAACCCGGCGGGCGCCGUUAUCUGUCGCCGUCAAGGAGCCGUGGCAUGCCAAGGAGCUACAGCGAAGACUUUCUGGACGGGGAGAGCCGCGUGGUGCGGGGUCGAAUGGGUUCACGUGACGACCUCAGCGACAGGGUCCCUCGAUCCCGCUCCAGAGACGACCUGUUCGAGGAGCAGCGUCGCGCCCCGCCUCCCAGCAACUACUCCCGCUCCCGCAGAGGGUCGUUCAGUUCAGAUGAGGACGAAAACGUCAGGAGAGGAGGGGGCAGAGGUCACAGGGGAGGGGGAGGAGGAGGAGGAAUGUAUUCGGACACCCCUCCCAGCUAUUCUGAAUACGAGCCGGGACAGAAAACACCAAGGAGGAAUGAGCGCUACUCUGUUAAAACUCUUCUUUAG